AUGGCGUCAAGAGCGAUCCGAAUUGCUGGCGCGUCGGGGUCUGCUUCCGACCGACGCCAUGCCAUGGCGGCGUUCGCAAAGGCUCAUCCUUCAGACCCCAUUGACGUGAUAAUAGCAGAUUUCAUGAGUGAAGUCAAUAUGACUAUCGCGGCCGCCCGCCGAGUCGAUGCCGAUUCAUUGACUGCUCCGAACGGCAAUGCAUUCAUAGGUGGAGGUCCUGCCUUUGAGGCUUCAUUUCUCGAAGCACUGGAGCCGGCUCUUGAGGAUCUGGCCAAGUAUCGGAUCAAAAUGGCUGUGAAUGCGGGUAACGCAGAUACCGAGGGUCUCUACAAGAUCGUUGUGGACAUGAUUCAAAAGAAGGGGCUUCAGAUCAAGGUGGCUUGGGUGUCUGGAGACGAAGUCCUUCCUGCUAUCAAUGCAGGGCUCAAAGAUGGAUCCUCUCGUUUCAAGAACAUCUAUACGGGUAAAAUCCUCUCAUCGUGGGAGUUUGAACCGAUCUAUGCUCAUGCAUACUUGGGUGGCCUGGGUAUCGCUGAGGCUUUCUCACAAGGUGCCCAGAUUGUCUUAUGUGGUCGGGUGGCCGAUGCCUCCCCAGUCAUCGGUGCUGCAUACUGGUUUCACAACUGGCAAAGAUCUCAGCUCAAUGAAUUGGCAAACGCGUUCGUUGCUGGCCAUCUCAUCGAAUGCAGCAAUUAUGUCACUGGUGGAAAUUUCUCUGGCUUUAAGAGCCUCGAACAUAGUCCCAAAGGCUGGGUCGACAUUGGCUAUCCGAUUGCCGAGAUCUCCAAGGAUGGAUCAGUGGUCAUCACCAAGCAGAAGAAUUCUUGUGGCACUGUGUCGAUACACACUUGUUCUUCUCAGCUACUUUACGAGAUCCAAGGUCCGUGGUACUACAAUAGUGAUGUUACUGCAGUUCUCGACCAGAUAUGGUUUGAACAACUCGGUCCUGACAGGGUCGCAUUGCGCGGAGUGCAAGCCUUGCCUCCUCCUCCAACGACCAAAGUCGGUCUGACUGCUCGAGGAGGCUUCCAAGCUGAGGCUUGGUAUUUCAUGACAGGCCUAGACAUUCCAGCAAAAGCACGCAUGAUAGAGGCACAACUACGACACGAACUUAAACCCCAUUCUAAAAAAUUUUCUGCAUUGUCUUUCAGUGUACUAGGUUCGCCGGCGCCAAAUGCGGACAAUCAAAAUGCCGCCACUGUUGUCUUCCGUGUCUUUGUUCAAGCUCGGAACGCAGAUGACAUUAUGCCAGCGAAGUUCCUGCGUCCGAUAAUUGAUAACAUCAUGCAGAGUUAUCCGGGCAGCACUUUCCAUUUGGACUUCCGACAGGGCCUUCCGAAACCAUUCUACGAAUACUAUGUGACACUGCUUGAUCAAUCUAAAGUCCAGCAUUUGGUUCACUUCAAUGGCAAGGACACGAUGAUUCCGCCUCCCACUUUGACCAAAGUCUUCACUGAGCGUCAGCCAAGCCAACCACUCACAAGCAUCCAGGUUGAUCUCUCCAAAUUUGGGCCAACAGAAUACAUUCCAUUGGGUACCAUUGUGAAUGCAAGAUCCGGUGACAAAGGGUCUGAUUGUAACUGUGGAUUCUGGGUCCGUCAUGAAGACGAAUACGUGUGGCUCAAGAAUCUGCUCUCGAUUGAGACAAUCCAGGCUCUCUUGGGCAAGGAGUAUGACACCUCACGCGUGCCCAAGAUCGAGGUAGACAGAUUCGAGCUUCCAAACCUGAGGGCGGUACACUUCCUGUUCAGAAAUCUACUGGAUCGUGGCGCCACGAGUACAUCCACUGUAGAUUUUUUGGGCAAGAAUUGCGCGGAAUUCUUGAGGUCUCGAUAUGUCAAUGUUCCCACAAGGUUCAUUGCCAGAGGGAAACUAUAG